GUGAUUCUAUGACUGUACACUAUAGAAAGAAACCAUGUUCUUCACCAUUAACAGAGGACUGAAACACACACACACACACACAAGAGUUCUCUCUCUCUCUCUCUCUGUCUGUCUCUCUCUCUGCCCUCCUCUUUUUCCCUCACCCUCCACCUUUCUGAUCUUUAAAAGCUGCCGUCAGUGGUGUCCCAGGCAACAGUCUGGUUGUGCUUGAUCAUCAGUCUCAGGUUGCUGCUUUUGGGAGCGUCUCCCACCUCGGCCUCACAGCUUCAAUUAAGAGCGCGCCAGUGUAGAAGGGCAGAGAGAGCAAGUACAGCUAGAGAAGAGAAGACAAGAGAAAAGAGGAGGAAAGAGAAGAGAGGACAAGAGAAGUGAAGAGUAGAGGAGAAGAGAGGAGAUAAGAGAGGAGAACAGAAGCUGAUAGCUGGCUGACAUUCACUCUUGGUCAGCAACACUCUUGUUUCAGCCUCUUUUUUGGAAUCAGGACUUUGCCUCUGGACAGACCAUAAUAAUGCCUCUGUUUCCCAACCUCCUGACCCUCCUGGUGAUCCUGCCCCUCGCGGUGCCAGCCACCUGGGCACUCGUGCCCCGCCACGGGGUUCGCAGGACCUGCCCCACCUGCAGGGAUGCCAAGGGCCGGAGCACCACGCCGUCGGAGCGCCCAGGGGAGGAGAGCGCGGCGGCAGCGACGCUGGGGCAGGGGGAGCCGUGUGGGGUCUACACCCCGAGCUGCGCCAGGGGGCUGCGCUGCAACCCCCCGCCGGGCAACCCCAACCCGCUCCAAGCCCUGCUCCAGGGCAGGGGGGUCUGCAGCAACCUCAAGAGCUCCACCGCAGGGAACCCACAGACCACAGCCUCCCAACCAUCUACACCCAGUGAGGACUAUGAAAAGGGUCCCUGCCGUAAAGAACAAAAUGUAAUCCUCCAUGGUCUGGUGCUAACGAUCUUCCAGUCUGAUCAGGUCAUUUACAUCCCAAACUGUGACAGGAGAGGUUUCUACAGAAAGAAGCAGUGUAAGUCCUCAAGGGGACUGCAGCGUGGCCAGUGCUGGUGUGUGAGUGAAAUCGGAGCAGAGAUGCCGUCAAGAACGGCUGAGGAUGGCACUGUUUCCUGUGAGGGUGUGUGAGAAGGAACAUUCGCCACAGUGCCCUUGAGUUCCUCAGUCGAGAGUCUGUCUGUCUGUCUGUCCGUCUCUGGAUUUGUCCAGCUAAAAAAACACAAACAUACAAUCACAUAGUGCCAGACCAAGGACAUCAAGCCCUUCUGUGUGCAGGACUCCACUUGGCCAUGAAGCUAGACAAGGUCUCAUUUGGUUUUCGUCUCAUAUUGCCUCCCAUUGGUUUGAUUCAGAUGCACAGGACAUUUACUUUGAUAGAUUUGUCUGCAUAAAUAUAGUGUAAAUAUGUUUAGGACAGCUUUUCUUUUACACCAGCAAGGAAACAAGAUUUGUCAUAAACAUACACAAAAAUAUCAUCAAAUGUAUUUACUGAAAGGGCACAGCGGAAGAGGCGAACUGACACCAGUAGCCAACAUGACCUAAACUUGAAAUUGGUUUAAAAUACAUUAGAAACUGGAAUCAAAACAAAACAGCUAACAAAUUGACAAACCUCACACAGAGCGACACGCAGAUACUAAAUCGUAAAACAUUUCUGAAUGUGUGCAAACUCCCACACUGAUGUGUGGUAUAGAAUGAAGACAGAUACAUAACCAGUGCCUCCUCUGCAUCAUAGCCAUCCAAAACUGUAUGGCUCGCUAUGGUGUAACACAUAGCAACCAAUGCUCUUAUCAAGAUAUGUUUGUAUAUUUACUUUUUUAUAAACCUAUAAGUUAAAUUGAAUUAUUUAACAAACUUUGUAUUUUUAUAAUAUAAUUUUCAUUGUUAUUUAUCUCUUUUGUGUACCUUUUUGUACCAUGGUGAAAUCCCACCUAACAGGGUGGAAACUUUAAUGCCAUUUGCAAGCUGAUAACUGCUGAUAAAGACUGAUUUUGAAUAAAUACACAUUAAAUACGAA